CCAAGGUACCUGCUCCACCCUCCCUCCCCGCGCAAGUCCCCACGCGGUGUCUUCGGGGGAAGGACAGUAGUAACGAGCGCGCAGCCCCAGGCGGACGGCAGGGGCCGGGCUAGGAAAGAGGACCGUAUUCCAGGAACGAGUCACCCGGAAUUAACUUCUGGUUAAAGUUAUGGGAAGCGCGGCCAUGGACACCAAGAAGAAGAAGGACGUUUCCAGCCCUGGCAAGAAAAACCCCAGCCAGAAGAGGCGGUCGCUGCGAGUGCACAUUCCGGACCUGAGCUCCUUCGCCAUGCCGCUCCUGGAUGGAGACCUGGAGAGUUCAGAAAAGCACUCUUCCCGUAAGGCAGACAGCCCCUUCGGCUCAGCAAGCCCCUCCAAAGGCUUCUUCUCCAGGGGCGCCCAGCACCGGCCCUCCAGCCCGGUGUCUGCUCCUGUACGGCCCAAGACCAGCCCCGGCUCUCCCAGAACCGUGUUCCCAUUCUGCCACCAGGAGUCCCCGCCACGCUCCCCCCGCCGCAUGAGCUUCAGCGGGAUCUUCCGCUCCUCGUCCAAAGAGUCCUCCCCCACCUCCAACUCGUCUACCUCGCCGGGGGGCAUCCGGUUCUUCUCCCGCUCCAGAAAAACCUCGGGCCUCUCCUCCUCGCCGUCGACGCCCACCCAAGUGACCAAGCAGCACUCGUUCCCACUCGAGUCCUAUAAGCAGGAGCCUGAGCGACUGGAAAACCGCAUCUAUGCCUCGUCUUCCCCUCCGGACACGGGCCAGAGGUUCUGCCCGUCCGCCUUCCAGAGCUCGGCCAGGCUGCCGGCGGUGUCUCCCACGCACCAGGCCCCCUGCAGAACCGCGGCGCUGGCGGCGGCCCCGGGACCCGCGGAAGCCGGCAUGCUGGAGAAAUUCGAGUUGGAAGAAGAAGCAGAAGACUCAGAAAGUGGCGUUUACAUGCGGUUCAUGAGGUCACACAAGUGUUACGACAUCGUUCCCACCAGUUCAAAGCUCGUUGUCUUUGAUACCACAUUACAGGUUAAAAAGGCCUUCUUUGCCUUAGUAGCCAAUGGUGUGCGAGCGGCGCCUCUGUGGGAGAGUAAGAAACAAAGUUUUGUAGGAAUGCUAACAAUUACAGAUUUCAUCAAUAUACUACAUAGAUACUAUAAAUCACCCAUGGUACAGAUUUACGAAUUAGAGGAACAUAAGAUUGAAACAUGGAGGGAGCUUUAUUUACAAGAGACAUUUAAGCCUUUAGUGAAUAUAUCUCCAGAUGCAAGCCUCUUCGAUGCUGUAUACUCGUUGAUCAAAAAUAAAAUCCACAGAUUGCCAGUUAUUGACCCCAUCAGUGGGAAUGCACUUUAUAUACUUACCCACAAAAGAAUCCUCAAGUUCCUCCAGCUUUUUAUGUCUGAUAUGCCAAAGCCGGCCUUCAUGAAGCAGAACCUGGACGCGCUGGGCAUCGGUACCUACCACAACAUCGCCUUCAUCCACCCGGACACGCCCAUCAUCAAAGCCCUGAGCGUGUUUGUGGAGAGACGAGUGUCCGCCUUGCCCGUGGUGGACGAGUCAGGAAAAGUUGUGGAUAUUUAUUCCAAAUUUGAUGUUAUUAACCUUGCUGCUGAAAAAACAUACAAUAACCUAGACAUCACAGUGACCCAGGCGCUGCAGCACCGUUCCCAGUAUUUUGAGGGCGUCGUCAAGUGCAAUAAGCUGGAAAUACUGGAGACCAUUGUGGAUAGAAUAGUGCGAGCAGAGGUCCAUCGGCUGGUGGUGGUAAACGAAGCCGAUAGUAUCGUGGGCAUUAUCUCCCUGUCGGACAUCCUGCAAGCCCUGAUCCUCACCCCGCCAGGUGCCAAACAGAAGGAACCGGACACGGAAUGACCACUGUGACCAGAGGCGCCCUCGUGGGACCUGAACGGAGAUCCUGGGUCGCGCUUUGCCUCAUCCACACUGACCACCACGGGAGAGAGGAAGAUGGCCAAGAAUGUAUAUCAGGGUUUAGUGAUGGGUAUUCUUUCCAGUGAUGUUGAAACUGAGCAUAAAAAAAAAGAUUGUAUGUGUUUGAAGAGCCAGGCUUGCGUUUUUAAGGCUGUCUUCAGACCCUCGUCUGAACGAUUUCAAAUGCUGUACGUCAUUAAAGUGCACUGUGUCCUGAAAUGUUUAUUAUUUUUCAUUUCCAAGAAUUCACUGGUAUGGAACAGGUAACGUGACAUAAGGCGAGCGUGUGGCCUAUUCAGACCUAGUGCCUUAUGUCAGGACGGCGACAUGUCCCCACUGCUGCUCGGGACAGCGGGAGCGUGUGCGUGUACGUGUGCGAAACGACACUGCUGGCGUGUGAGUCUUUGAACCUUUACCAAAUCAGUUUCUUUUGCGUUAGAUUUGUCGACCAGUUGUACUCUGAAUCAUUUAUAAAUGAUUGCUUUAUAAAAUUUUGAGGACAGUUUUAUGUUUAAGUGUUCCGAACUGUAGCGUAAACAAGACUGCUUUACAAGAGCUUUAUUUAUUUUUCCUUUCCUGCAGUUUUUUCACCCAUCUUCGGUGGGCGAGCGCCACCGUGCCCGCGGACAGACCGUGCGGGGUUCUGUUUAAAUGGCACAUUUCUCAUUAUUUAAGUGUGGGUCUGGAUGUGUGACUUCUCGAACUGGCGUGGGGUGUGACAAGCUGGAGUUCUGGACGCGUGCGUGCGAACCCGCUCUGCCGGCCUGGGAACAGGGAGCCGUUCCCAGGAAGCCAAGGGCUGGGAAGACGUCUGUUUUCUCUCGUGUAUUGAAAUGUAAAAUCAUGACGUCUGUGUGACUGCUGACGGGAUCAUUUUUUUGUAAAUCCUAUUGUGGCAAAGACAGUAUUGUCAUAUGAUCGAAGAGAAACACAGCGUUUCUGAAUGUAAGCGCUCUGGAAGUGUUGACACUGUACAUACGAGUAUAGUUUUUUUUUUUUUGUUUUGGGGUUGGUUUGUUUUUUUCAGAUUGAAAAAUUAAAAUAAAUCUUACUAU